AUGAACCCAUCCUUUUUGACGGACUUCAUUGAAGCUUCUAGAGAGUUCCCAUGUUUAUGGAAAGUCAAAAGUAACAAAUACAGGGACAGGAACAAGCGAGACGAAGCAUUGAACAACCUCUUACUGUUGACUCGCGACACGAUUCCCACUGCAAACCUAAGUUUCGUGAAAAGUAGAAUCGAGUCAAUUAAGCAGAGUUUCCGUAGGGAAUUUAGAAAAGUGAGGUUGAAAAUGAAAUCCGGCACGGCGGCAGAAGAUGACUACAAAUCACGAUUUUGGUACUAUGACCUCAUUUCUUUCAUCGCUGAUCACGAGACACUCAGCACAUCAACAACUACUUUGCAAGAGGAUGAGGAAGAAGAUGAAGAUGUUCAAAAUGAAAGCCAUAGAACAAAAUGCCAAAAAACGGAGUCCCUAAGAAAAACCUUCUCGCCUGAAGAAUUAUCUUUCGCCUCUCAUAUGAGUUUGCGAAGUUCUGGUCAAGUUUCAGCAGCAAGUGUGGUGAAGGAUGUCACUCAAACAACUCCGACGCGAGGGAAGAAGUUUAAAACUGCUUUCAAGUCUUAUAGUGUACCCAAAAAGCGACAACUCACAGGAGCAGAGACUUUGGCUAUGUAUGUUGGAGCCCAACUGACAAGACACCAAAAUAAUAUAAUAAGAGAGCAAGAUAAGGAGAGAUUUCCAUCCUAUAAGAAGAUCCAAGCGGCGAAAAAAGAAUGUUAUCCUAAUAAGGACAGCAUUAUAGUUACAGAGACUCCUGCCUAA